AUGCCAAGAAUGACUUCGUCGCUCGAGAGCUCAACAGCGAAAAAGUUGACAAAUCACAGCAAGAGAAAAAAAGUUGUACAAAAGCUGGAUGCAUCAGAGGCAUCUGUAAAUGAUUACGACGUAAUCAGCGAGGAAGAUAGCAGAGAACGGUCUCAUAUCAUCAGCAGAUACAGUUCGUCAGCUUCGCGACCAACAACCUCAGUUCCCUCGAUCGUAUCGUCUUCCACAGCUAUUAGACCAACCGAACACGAUACAUCAAUUGUCCCCGUUCAAUUCAGACAGCAAAUUGCAUCUGCAUCCAACGGUAUCCUUCGCCAAGAAG